AUGGUUGCCAUGGCGUCGCAAGGCCCGCUGAGAUAUGGAAUGUAUUCUUCCUCCGAGGUGCUAGACUUCGGGCGCGAUUGGUCCGGCAGAUCGCUGCCGACCGGAGCGUCGGAAUCCUCAGCGCCUUCAGAGGCCCCGGCAGCUCAGGUAGACAACUACUUCCACUCGUACGGCUACAUCGGAAUUCACGAGGAGAUGCUAAAGGAUGCUGUGCGGACGGGGGCUUACCACCGAGCCAUCACCCAGAAUCGCCACCUCUUCCAGGAUCGAAUCGUGCUCGAUUUGGGCUGCGGAACCGGGAUUCUAUCGCUAUUCUGCGUCGCUGCGGGCGCUAAACACGUUUACGCCAUCGAGUGUAGCAGCAUCAUCAACCUGGCGAAGGAGAUCGUCGCCAAAAACGGUGCGACGGACAAGGUGACUUUUCUGCACGGCAAGUGCGAAGAGCUCGAAUUGCCAGUUCCAAAGGUGGACAUCAUAGUGUCCGAGUGGAUGGGCUACUUUUUGCUGUACGAGAACAUGCUCGAGUCGCUGUUGUUUUGUCGCGACAAGUGGUUGAAGCCCGGUGGGAUGAUGUUUCCCGAUAGAGCGCGUCUGUACGUGGCCGCGAUAGAAGACGCGGAAUACAAGUCUGACAAGUUGGAAUGCUGGCGCGACACUUACGGCUUCGACUUUUCGUUGAUGCGGGAAUACCUGAUUGAGGAGCCGUUGGUGGACAUCGUCGAAGAGAAGACACUUAACACCACCACCUGCUGCAUCCUGGACCUGGACUUGCUAACGUGCUCGCUGUCUGACCUGGACUUCACAAGCGAGUUCCUGCUCGUUGUACAGCGCAAGGACUACGUGCACGCAUUGUGCUUCUGGUUCGACGUGACUUUCUCGGCGUGCCACAAGCCGAUCACUCUCAGCACCAGCCCCUGCGGGGAACCCACGCACUGGAAGCAGACGGUGUUCUACCUGAACGACGACCUCAUUGUCGACUUCGGGGACAAGAUCAAGGGUAUGAUCGCGGUCCGUCGCAACGCACAUAACCCGCGCGACCUGGACGUGAAGCUCCACUAUCACCACAUGGGUGCCAAUUUCAGUGUGGAGAACACACAAUUCUAUCGCAUUCGCUAG